CGUCUUCUUCAGCCCAUGGGCUGGCUGCAAACGCUGGAAGCUCAAAAUGGGCUCGGCCCAUUUAUCUCUGCAGUUCAGGCCCAUAAACCCGUCCACUCCUGCGUCUCCAUCUCCAGCCAUCGCCCAUCGGCGCCCCUCGCAUCAAAAAACACUCCGCCGCCGACCACCGCUGCCGGAGAUUCCCUCGUCCGGCACCAAGCCAUGGACAAGUAUAACAACAACACUCGGUUUGCACCCUUGAGAGAUGCUCCAUUUUCUCUCCGUGGUGCUAUUGGUGGCUCGAACUCAAAUCUUGAGCAAGCCAGAGGCUACACAUCUUUGCCUCUAGCAGCCCUGCAACCAAAUGUGUCUGCACCUGGAAGCCGAGCCAUGCACACAAGCCGCCCCAUGGCAGCUCCUGUUGCAAACCGCCCAUUGUCACCCCACCUCCCGCUGAAGAAGCCACAGUUCAGUGCUACGUUCUCAAUCUCGCACCGUAUUUUCGGUGUCGCGUUGGGAGUUGCCAUCAUAUCCGUCCCUCUUGCCACCAAGUUCAGCCUGAUGUUUGGUGUUUGAGAGUGAACUGCCACAUCGACGAUUCUGAUUUCUGCAGAUGUUUCAUCAUCUGGUUUAUGCUUAAACUGACUCUGGGUGCUGUUGGAAUAACAUCAUCAUCAUGCUCGCAAACUUGGGUAAUAAGUAAGACCGCCAAAUGAUCAGUGUAAGGAUCUCAUUCUGAAUGGACAUGCUGUUAUGUGGUCUGCAAAUUUGGCCAGAACAUUGAUUCUUUAUGCACGCCUUACAGCAAAGGCAUGAAUUCUGGGUUUUGGAUCGAGGAUCUGGAUUUUAUAAAUUCUUAAAAGUUGAACAUUAUUGA